GAGUGAGGAAACCCUGGGCCCACCGAUUGUUCGAUUUUGACUCACGACACAGAAGUCAACUCGGUUCGAACGAGAGCAUGGGCGUGGAUUAUGCGGCUGGACUGACCGUGCCCUCGGCCGUGUCCUCCUCUGUCAUCGCCAUCGUCUCUCGAUCGCCGUCUUCUUCGAGCUAACUUCCCAUCUCUCGGCUUCGGCAUCUCGCAACCUCCUCGUCGAUCGAUCUUCCCGUGGGAGGUCAGGAUUCGAUUCCCCAAUUCAUUUAACAUAACAAGAGUUCUUGAUCAUCACAAGAACCAUAACCUAAGUCGGUAGACUGUGUCUAUGGCUCUGCGUCAGAUUUUUGGGAGGCUUUCGGAUAAUCAGAUCCCCGGCAGGAUUUAUCCAUCCUUGGGCCAACCUUUUUAUAGUGCUGCGUCGCCGAGUGAACCGAUUCGUGCUACUCUCUUUCCUGGUGAUGGAAUUGGGCCUGAAAUCGCAGAGGCUGUUAAACAGGUGUUUGGUGCAGCAGAGGUGCCCAUAGAAUGGGAAGAACACUAUGUGAGUGACAAGGUGGACCCAAGAACAGAGAGCUUUCUGACAUGGGAAAGUCUGGAAUCAGUGCAGAGAAAUGGUGUUGGCUUGAAAGGCCCUAUGGCUACACCUAUUGGCAAGGGACACAGAUCAUUAAAUCUUACAUUACGUAAAGAACUUGGUCUCUAUGCUAAUGUAAGACCUUGCCAAAGCCUUCCGGGAUAUAAAACUCGAUAUGAUGAUGUUAAUCUUGUCACAAUCCGCGAAAAUACGGAAGGAGAGUAUAGUGGUCUUGAACACCAGGUGGUCAGAGGUGUUGUAGAAAGUUUAAAAAUCAUUACACGCCAAGCAAGUCUAAGGGUGGCAGAAUAUGCUUUUCACUAUGCCAAGGCUAACGGCCGACAAAGGGUAUCUGCAAUACACAAGGCCAACAUCAUGAGGAAGACUGAUGGUCUCUUUCUCAAGUGUUGUCGUGAGGUUGCGGAGAAGUACCCAGAGAUAACAUAUGAGGAGGUCAUCAUCGAUAAUUGCUGUAUGAUGCUUGUGAAAAACCCUGCCUUGUUUGAUGUAUUAGUGAUGCCCAACCUCUAUGGAGACAUAAUCAGCGACCUGUGUGCGGGCUUGAUUGGAGGCUUGGGCUUGACUCCUAGUUGCAAUAUAGGUGAAGGUGGCAUUGCUCUGGCAGAAGCUGUUCAUGGUUCAGCCCCUGAUAUUGCUGGAAAGAAUCUUGCAAAUCCGACUGCACUCCUGCUGAGUUCUGUUAUGAUGUUACGCCAUCUGAAGCUGAACAAUAAAGCUGAUCAAAUCCAAAAUGCCAUACUUAGCACCAUUGCAGAAGGAAAGUACCGAACCGUUGACCUUGGAGGCAGCUCAUCAACAACCGACUUUACAAAAGCAGUGUGUGAUCACCUCUAAGGAUUUCAUGGUAUUUUGGACUAGUUAUUGCACAUAAGAAUUCUAUUCUGAGGCCAAUAUGAGACCCCUCAUUGUUUGAGUUUCCAGCUCAUUGCUUGACCAAAAAUGGUGCUUUCAAAAUUUUCCCAUGUUAUGUUCUUUCUACUUCUGAGGAUGCAUGUAAUAAUUAGUAUACUAAAAUGUCAUAGGACAUUUACCUGUUCUUCCUUCCUGAA